AUGUCGCGGACAGAAGUCCAGCAAGCUGAUUCCAUACAUGAGGAAGAUCCUCACAACGAACCUCCGAAGAAACAGAAGAGCAGACGCCCCGCAAAUACCGCGUUUCGGCAACAGAGGCUGAAGGCAUGGCAGCCUAUUCUGACGCCGAAGACCGUCCUCCCCCUCCUCUUCGUCGUGGGCAUCAUUUUUGCCCCCAUCGGCGGGCUUCUUCUAUGGGCGAGCGCAAGUGUGCAAGAAUUGAGGAUUGAUUACACCGACUGCAUCUCGACUGCAGGAAACAACAACUUCACUCAGAUCCCCGAAUCCAAAGUUCACUCGUCGUUCAAAACAUCCAGCAACGCGGUGAGAGCGGAAUGGAAGAGAUCAACAAACAGGACGACCCCGCCGUGGAGCGUCCCGAUCGAAGACACUCCUAUUUGUACACUUCAGUUCUCCAUUCCCAACGACAUCGGUCCUCCAGUUUAUUUGUACUAUCGCCUCACCAAUUUCUAUCAAAAUCAUCGGAGAUAUGUGAAGUCGCUCGAUACGGAUCAACUAAAGGGAGAUGCUCUCAGCAAUCACACGAUCAGCAACAGCGCCUGUAAUCCGCUCAAACUGAACCACGAAGGCAAGGCCUACUACCCGUGUGGGUUGAUUGCCAAUUCCAUCUUCAAUGACACUUUGAAUUCUCCAAAACUUGUGAACGCAGCAGGGAAUACGCCUGCGCAACCAUACGUCAUGACCAACCGGAGCAUCGCCUGGGGCUCCGAUGCAUCUCUUUACAAAAAGACAAAAUACACCAACGAACAGGUGGCUCCACCUCCUAACUGGAUCAAGCGUUAUCCGAACUACACCGACGAGCACCCAAUCCCGGAUUUGUCGCAAUACGAAGAGUUCCAAGUCUGGAUGAGGACAGCUGGUCUGCCCACGUUCAGUAAACUAGCCCUGCGCAAUGACGACGACAAAAUGACGGCGGGCAUCUACCAGAUGGAGAUAUAUGACUUCUUCCCAGUUUCAGUGUAUGACGGCACCAAGAGCAUCCUGAUCUCGACGAGGUCGGUGGUGGGUGGCAAGAACUCGUUCUUGGGGAUUGCAUACGUGGCCAUUGGCGGAUUAUGCAUCGUUCUGGGUGCAUUGUUUACUCUUGCACAUCUGAUCAGACCCAGUUUAGCCGGGAUUCCCAAAUACCGGCCAAUUCAUCGGUCCUGCGGUGUUGCUGCGCCGUCGAAAGAUCUUCUCUCCACACAUCGAUAUCUCCAAACACACGAACCCCUCGAGAACGACCUCUGGAACAGUUCUCUCAUCGCUGCCCGUCAUUCCUCCAGCCAUGAACGCCGCCAAAGCCUGGUAGCUCUCUUCACGAUUGAUACGUACAUGCACAUCGUAUCCGACACAGCCAGCUCAUCCUCGUCUUCACCGAACUACAUCACCGAUACCAUGAUCCAGAACCAGUUUAUCUAUCUCGCCCGAUCUUACACCAACGCAUCUAUAGGGUUCCGCUUGGCCGGGGUGACCCGAACGACGAACGACACAUGGGCGCGCAAUGGGGACGACAUUGGAAUGAAGUGGGUGCUGCGAGCAGGGACAUACUCGAGCCUGAACAUCUACUAUCAGUCUCUUCUGCAAGCAGGCAGUAACACUCCCGGAGUCCCUGCCGGGAGUACGUUGCUUGGGUUCUGUUCCUUACCUGCGAGUGGAGUGACCUCGACGACUCCCCGAAGCCUGUAUCACAUCGACGGAUGUAAUAUACUGAGCGGGACCAUGCCCGGAGGAAAUAUGCAGGGGUACAACCUGGGAGGGACCACGGCACACGAGGUGGGCCACUGGAACGGGCUGCUGCACACGUUCAAUGGGAAUAGUUGUGACGCUUCAGACUGGGGAGAUUAUGUGGCGGAUACGCCGCAAGAGAUGACCAGUACGAACGGAUGUCCGGGUUACAAAGACUCGUGCCCGAACUCGGGCAUCUCGUCGAGCGCGUACACCGGCCUGUCCAGCCAAGGGUCGAACCCGUACGGGCCCCAGGGGUUUUCGGGUCUCGACCCGAUCCACAAUGAAGGUGGUAACCUCAGACUGAACGUGGCAAUCAAUAAUUGGCUUAGCACUCAUUUGUCUGAUGUUGAUGCUGGGUUCCUGUGUUUGCAAAUAUGGAAGGCAUCCGGAUUCUCAUUUUGGUUCCCUCUCGCACCACCUGAUUUUGAAUUUCUGAUUGAGAUGAAUGUUAUGGCCACUACUACUCUUCUAGAAUAUCUCACUCUUCCCAAUCCGGUCCUAGAUUGUUUACAUUCGUCUACGGGAUCGAAUACGACUAAUCCCAGCUGGGAUAAAUUGUCGGGGCUUGAAGACUGGGCUGAAUUUAACUACAGCACGUUGAUGCACUCGUACGGAGACAUCUUACACCGAAACUUUCCAUCCAUGGCAGAAACCAGUCCAUCUUUGACCGAACUAGACAGGAUGAUCUUUACUGAGAGAACAUUCGAGAGCGUGCUGGAGCGGGCCAUUAUGCCUCAAGUUUCUUCUGCUUUGCGUCUUGCAUGGCCAAUUCACUACUCAAACGAUGAUCUGAAGGACGUCGUCGAGAUCGGAAAGGGAGACAAAGCUCGGAAAGGGAUCUAUGAAGAUGAUCGAUACUACCCCGACUGGGCUGGUAUUCGAGAAGGAGUUGUAACGCAGUUUGGAUACAGAAAUCUCUGUCCUGGAGAGACCAAACUCGAAUCAAAGUGGAAUAGCUCGAGAAAGGAUUUCGACUAUGCGGAACCAUUUAAACAGAUUCAAACCUAUUGUGGACGUCAGUGGAAUACCCGAUAUGGGUACAUCAUCACAACAAAAGAACUUGUUGUUGUCAAAGUCUCGAGAGAAACGAUAGGGCCUGGUCUUGCUUCUACGAGAAGCGUUCGAACGGUAACGCAGCAGGCGAGAUAUGACAAUUCUCACUCGCGAACGAUUUCCAUCGAAACUGUCAGUUCAGGAGUUCAGGCAAUGUCUCUCGAUACAGGAUCGGUUUACGAUGAAGUUGGUAGUCUCAAUAUCGAGUAUGGGCCGCUCCAGUUUAAAAGCAUUCCGUGGGAUGCCACUGGGAAUUCGAAAAUGACAGUGAAAUUGGCAUUAUGGUGGCUACAUAUGGAGACCGGCAAGGGAUUAUCUGUCACGAAUUAUCCGUCCCCAAGCAUUGCAGGUACCAAAUUAGGUAGCCGAGGGAAAGGAAAAGGUGUCGAAAGGGGGCAAUCUUCUGGAUCAGCUUGA